CCAUAUGGAUUUCAUAUGGAUUUUCCUUGGUCGGCUUCAGCAUUAUCCCUUGGGCAGGGUGUCACAGGGCCCUUUGUGACACGUGAUGACAUAGUAGCGGUGGUGAGGUGGUCACGCCUCAGUGCUCCUCGGAGCGUGCGACGGGACGGACGGGAGAGAGCGGUGUUGUGCGGAGCCCCCGCGCAGCCAACUCCUUCCCUGCUGAUCCGGAGCGUUUUGGAGGCGUUUCUGUGCUGCAAGUGCCCUCGAGGCCAGACCGUGGGACUUGGUGACACGGAGCUUUUGCGAAGUGUCUCCAAGCCCUGCGGCAGGUGCCCUUGAGGCCGCACUGCAGGACUUGCUAACCCGUAGCGUUUCGUAGGCUUUUGUCUCUUUCAGGUGCCCUCGAGGCCAGACCGUGGGAUCUGGUGACCCGGAGCUUCUGCGAGGAGUCUCCAGUUCCUGCGGCAGGUGCCCUCGAGGCCAUUCUCUGGGGCUCGGUGCCCCGGAGCUUUUCCCUGUCGUCUCCAAUCCCUGCAGCAGGUGCCCUUGAGGCCCGACUGUAGGAUGGCAGGGAGACACUUCAGCCUGGGCAGGUGUCUCGGGAGGAAGAAGAAGAAGGACGGCCCUGGGACUGGCCCAACACGGCAGCCUGAGGAGGUGGAGCGGUCCCAGCCCCUGCAGGAGGAUCCAGGCCGGGCCCAGACACAAGAGCAGGACCGCACCUGUGGCCGUUUCCGCAGGGUAGCACAGGCCUUUCUGAAAUUUGUGGGCAUUCGGCGUAGAAAGACCAGGAUCACACCAACCGAGGUCAUGGCACAGCCUGACCCCACGCCGAGUGAUGGCCCCAUGGCCGAGGCUGAUGGCGCAACCACCCGGGGCAUGGCAGGCACUGACAUCACACCCGUUCAGCUCCUGCCCAACGCUCCUAGUCUGGACAUUCCCGGAGAGAGAGUUGUCUCUGUGCAAGAAGCCGUGAAGCCAGACAGAGACCUGGAGCAGAGCCCGCCCCGGGUGCCCAAGCUGGCCUGGCUGAAGGAGGGGGAGGAGGAAGGCCCUGGAGCUGCCCCAUCACAGCAGCCUGAGGAGGUGGAGCGGUCCCAGCCCCUGCAGGAGGAUCCAGACCGGGCCCGGACACAAGAGCAGGACCGCGCCCGUGGCCGCUUCCGCAGGGCAGCACAGAUGGUUUGCGAAUUCACCGGGUGCAUUUGGAGGGAAGAGACCAUUGCCAUGGGCGCUGGGGGCACGGCAAACUCUGCCCUCUCCAAUGCCGAAACCAGUGCUGCCCUGCUGGAUUUGCUUGUGGAGAAUGGUGUCUCCAAUGCCGAGAAAGUGCCGGCCUUGGUCAGGUACAUCCACCGGUGGCUCACGGCCAAUGCGUCUGCUGAGCGCAGACUAGACAAGGCUCUGUUGGCGCUGGUCGAGGCACACCCCGUGGAUGUGGUGGUGACUGUGCUGCGCUCUGCCCCAUCCUGUGACAGAGCUGCUGUGACCAUGUGGAGGACAAUCAUCUCCUCAAGAAGUACUGCAGAGUCGGUGCUGCAGAUACUUGCCCUUGUCCUGGGAAGCUGGCCAGCCUGCAGCAUGUGCACCUCGGAUGGGGAUGAAACGGAAGUCUUUGCCCUGGCUGCAACCUUGGCACUCUGGAAGAUCCUCCAUCUGCUCUGCUGCACGCGUGCAGUGAGGGGGUGUUUCCCCAACCUCUUUGUGCAUCUGCUCUUCCAAGUGUUCUUCAGCACAGUGCAGAUGCUGGAAGAGGUUGACACCUUCUGGAGGGAAUGCCGGAAGCAACACAGCCUUCCCACCAACCCCAACAGGUUUGCAGCGCUGACCAUCAAAGCCCUGCUGCACCAUCUGCGCUGUGAGAGCGUGUUGGUGGCCAUGGAACGCAAGCGUGGCUGGGACACGCUGCUCAACGCUGACACCCACCACUACGCGGUGGGUCUGCUGGCCAGGGAGAUGGGUUCUGCCUGCACAACCUGGUGUUGCAGCAUCCUAUGCUGCCUCCUGGAGCUGCUCAGUGAAGAGAUGUGUCCCUGGGAGCUCCCUGCCAUGGCGUUCCUUGUGGAGGCCCUGGUCUACCUGGAGGUGACUGACUGCGACGAAAGCAUCCUGCCGAUCCUUUCAAGGCACCUGUGGAGCGAGUGCCCAGAGAUGCGUCGCCAGGUGCUGAGAGGCCUCGUGGUGCUCAGCCAGGAUGCUGUGACGACCAAAAGAAUGCGCAGCCUGACCCAAAGCCUCAUUCAGCUCCUGUGGGACCCAGAUGUAGAGCUGGUCAGGAUGACCGCCACUGUACUCGGCUUUCUGUUGUCGGACAAAGACCUCCGACUCUCCAGCCCCACCGCCCUGCAGUUGGCCGAGGCGCUGCAGCCGCUCUUCGACAACGCUGACAGCAGUGUGCAGCUGUCCUCCAUCCUCCUCUUCCGUGGGGUGACGACAAUGGUAGAGAAGAAGGGAAAAAAGCCCCUGAAGCCACACGUACGCCAGAGCCUGCUUCCACUCUUCUUCCACUGCCAUGAUGAGAACCAGAGAGUGGCAGAGGCCUCUGGGGAAGCGCUGCUCUGUGUGGCCAGCUUAGUGAAGAGGAGGGAUCUCGAGAAGAUCGUGAAGAAGAAGGAGCUGUGGAGGUUCAGCGAGUGCCUGCUGGAAAAGGAGCGGAGCCGAGUGGCCGAGUACCUGCGCCAGGCCCUUCCAUACCUGGAGAGCCCACAGGAGCCCCUGCGAGAGGCGGCCGUCAGGUUCACAGGGAUGGCCGGGAGGUAUAUGCGGGGACAGCCUGAAGAGCUGCAGGACAUCAUGGACACCCUUCAGGCUAUGAGGAAUGACAGCAGCCCCAGCGUCUCGAGCCUGGCGCUUCAGAGCUUCCAUGUCAUCGAAGCUGUCCAUAGAGCUCCAUCCUGCUGACGGCCGCAGCUGCGAGACUGGCUCUGCAGGGCCUGCAAGAGCCGGCCUGCUCUGCGGGACAGUUUCUGCCUGUGCUGCCGGUGCUCUGUGGAGGGUUGAGCUGGGAAACUGUGUCUGCUGGGGCCACGUGAGACUGCGAGGAAGACCCCUGCUCUGCAAGCACUUUCCUCUACCCCAGCAUGGGACUAUAAAAUUCCUCUUGUCAC